GCUAUUUUGAAAGUUUACAAGUUCUAAAUUUAGCCUACAACAGAGUCCAGUUGUUUAAACCAAGCUCCAAUUUUUCACUGUUUGAGAACUGUUCAAAGUUGCUACAUUUAGACCUAUCAUACAAUAACUUGGCAGACAUUCCUUAUGAUAUUCUUAAGGAUGUUCCUUCUGCACAGAUUGUGGACCUGAGUGGAAAUAAGUUAGUCAACUUUAAUAUACACUUAACUACACAAAUCUCCCUGAAAUUGCUGAAUUUAUCAAAUAACAAUCUCCAUGGUCUCAACGAACCUGCAAGAAAUUAUAUCGCUGCUGCAAAUGAGAGGUCAAAUGGCAAGUUUACUGUUGACCUUAAUGGCAACCCAUUAAUAUGUGACUGUGAUUCAAUCCCAUUCAUAAAUUGGAUUCGGAAUCACAUUGACAUCAUCUACCAAGGUUCUCAUCUAGAAUGUCAUUAUAUUAAUGGAUCACAGAUUAAGUUCACACACUUGGAUGUAUCUUAUAUGAAAAUUGAGUGCUGGAAAAGUGUUAUUAUUGCAUCUGGGACAUCAGUUGGAUUUGUUUUGUUGAUUGUUGGAAUUGUUAUAUAUGGAUAUAAGCGAAGGUAUAAGAUCAUUUACAUAGCUCUACAUUUGAGGGCAUUACUGAGACGCAAGGAGUUGCUAGACAUCAACUUUGAUUUUGAUGCAUUUAUAAGCUACAGUUCUUUGGACAAAACCUGGGCUAUAAAUAAAAUUUAUCGUCAGUUAGCUGGUCAGUAUGGAUACAACAUUUGCGUGGAUGACCGUAACUUCAGACCUGGAUCAUAUUUAUCUGACAUUAUCGUGGAGAGUAUCAGCAAGAGCAACAAAAUCAUACUGGUUAUCAGCCAGAAUUUCCUUAGAAGUGGCUGGUGUAAAUUUGAAAUGAAUCUGGCAAGGGGUGAGCUGGCAACAAGGGGACGUGAUUGUCUGAUCUUGAUUCUCAAAGAGCCAGAAGAGUUGCUUCCCCCAGAGCUGAUCACACCAACACUGCGUUCCCUACUUGAUACAAGGGUGUACCUAGUGUGGAGUGAAGAAGAGGACAGAAAAUUGCUGUUCUGGAGGAAGCUGCAGGAUGCUUUAGGGGAACCUAGAUUCAGAGGAGAAGAUAAUAAUCGAUAUCUGUAUAUGAACAAUGAUGGAGAUGAGGAGAUACUUCGAGAUCUCUUAUAGUUAACACGUAGGCUUCAUGUAUAUGUUACCCUAUUAGCGCCUGCUUGAAUAAAUUGUAUUUUUUCUUGAUUUUGUUUUUCAAGUUGCUAGUCUUUCUUGGAAAAGUU